UCUAUACCGGAAGUGUUAUGGGCAGAAAAAUGGCGGGAGAAGGAGAAAACAUCGAGAUGGCAAAUACAGAAGAAAAUGCCGACGACACGCCAAGUCAGGACCCCGAUGUUUGUGAUUCUUCAGCACAAGAGUCCAACUCUAAUGAGAGAACAAUAAAACUUCCAAUGUCAAGAGUGAAGGCCAUAAUGAAGAGUGAUCCCGACGUUUCUUUGGCCAGCUCUGAGGCGGUAGUGGCUUUGGCUAAAGCAACCGAAAUGUUUAUACAAAUGUUAUCUAAGGAUGCUAUCAACAGCACUAUGCAGAGUAAAAGGAAAACGCUACAGCGUAAAGACUUAGAUACAGUGAUAGACACCAGGGAUUCCUAUUCGUUUUUAGAAGGAACGUUAGACGGUCCUUGACGAACGUCGACACAAACAUAACGGCGGGGUCUGUGGAACUCUCGCCCUCAUUUUGCGGUGUCGAACAUUGAGAUUCCCAAUGCGGUUGUUGACGAACUGCGACGCUGACGGUGCUUACAUGUCACAGGCGGUCAUCUCUGCUAGAGGCCUAUGCAGUGACGUGUCGCACAGACCUAAGCAUCUGUUAAAAACUGAAUAAUAGAACAACACAUUUAUUAAUGUACCUUGGUAUACGUACUGUACAUGCAGGCGGAAAUGAACUCAAAUUUGAUAUACAGUGACGUGUGAGACGGAGAGUUUAAACCACGUGACAGUGUAUAAAUAACUGAUAAAUAGUAAUUCCUGUGAUUAAUAUGUAUAAAAAAUGUUUACAACAGAAAUAUAAUAUAGUCUUGACUCAUGAUA